GAUUCUCAGUGGAAAGCUGAAGCCCAACCUUGGACGUUUUGACAACCCUCCCGACUGGGAAGAAAUUCUCAAGUACUUCCGUGGUUCCGAACUGCAGAACUACUUCACCAAGGUUCUGGAGGACGAUCUCAAGGCCGUUGUGAAGCCUCAAUAUGUCGAUCAGAUUCCCAGGGCUGUCAAGGGCCCCGUCCAGAACGUUGGCGACCUCAUCAAGGCCCGCGCUCAGUUGGGCAACCUGGAACACAUUCUCGACACUCUUGGUAUGGCACAGUUGCAAAUUGAGCUUUGUGAUAACACUGCUAAUGAUAUAUGCAGAGUUGAGACAGGUCCAGGACCGUGAUAUCGGUCACCUUUCUGGUGGAGAGCUCCAGCGUUUCGCCAUUGGUCUGGUCUGCGUGCAGAAGGCUGACGUCUACAUGUUUGACGAGCCUUCCUCCUAUCUUGAUGUUAAGCAGCGUCUCGCCGCCGCUCGCUCCAUCAGAGAGCUUCUGCGCCCUGACGAUUAUGUCAUUGUUGUCGAGCACGAUUUGUCUGUCCUUGAUUACCUGUCUGAUUUCGUCUGUGUGCUCUACGGAAGACCCGCCCUUUACGGUGUGGUUACUCUGCCUGCUUCCGUCCGUGAAGGUAUCAACAUCUUCUUGGAUGGUCACAUCCCCACUGAGAACUUGCGAUUCCGCGAGGAGUCUCUUACUUUCCGUCUUGCUGAAUCUGGUGAUGACUUCAUGGUGGACCGGGCCCGUGCUUUCUCCUACCCCAGCAUGGAGAAGACUCUCGGUAACUUCCACCUUAAGAUCGAUGCUGGAAGUUUCACCGACUCUGAGAUCAUUGUCAUGAUGGGUGAGAACGGAACCGGAAAGACCACAUUCUGUAAAAUGCUUGCUGGUGCUGAGAAGCCUGACGGUGGCAAGAGCGUUCCUCGCCUGAACAUCUCCAUGAAGCCUCAGAAGAUCACCCCCAAGUUCCAGGGUACCGUCCGUCAGCUGUUCUUCAAGCGUAUCAAGGCUGCGUUCCUGUCGCCCCAAUUCCAGACUGAUGUCUACAAGCCCCUCAAGAUUGAUGACUUCAUUGACCAGGAAGUUCAGAACCUGUCUGGUGGUGAAUUGCAGCGUGUUGCCAUUGUCCUGGCUCUGGGAAUUCCCGCCGAUAUCUACCUCAUUGACGAGCCUAGUGCUUACCUGGACUCCGAGCAGCGUAUCGUGGCCUCCAGGGUCAUCAAGCGUUUCAUCAUGCACACCAAGAAGACUGCAUUCAUCGUCGAGCACGAUUUCAUCAUGGCCACUUACCUCGCCGAUCGUGUCAUCGUCUUCGACGGUAAGCCCUCCGUCGAUGCUCACGCCAACGCCCCUGAGUCCCUGGUCACUGGUUGCAACACUUUCUUGAAGAACCUGGAUGUCACCUUCCGUCGUGACCCCAACAGUUACCGCCCUCGUAUCAACAAGUACCAGUCCCAGAUGGACCAGGAGCAGAAGUUGGCCGGCAACUACUUCUUCUUGGAAGAAGAGAAAUGAAGAGGUUGUUCCGGGCAAGUAUGACCGCGUGCCUCACCAACGUGACGGCCGCGACUCGGACCAGCGGCGUCGCUAUCGUCGCUGGGGCUACCUUCGGGUAGUGGCGUUUUUCGGCGUUACAAAGGCCUCUGCAGCUCAGAGAAGGCGGCGCCGCUGCCGUGGCGUGCGCCUUCCUGAUGAUGUGGAUGGUGCUUUGGAGGA